CUGCCCUUUGAGGAUCCCUCGCUUGGAAAGGAAUGAGCGCAAGGCGGCGAAAUAUCCGCUUGGAAGAGUAUGCGUCGACGGGAGCCGUGACAAGGGUCGUCGUCGAAAGUGACAUGAACGAAGCUGCGCCAUGCAAGAAACCUCCUCGAUAUGCGGCAGCUUCCUCGCACAAAGAUAAUGAAGCAUAUCUCGCCGCGUUCGACAACGAUCCUCGCCUACCUCGACUGGACCUCCCUGCCGCAAGCGACGACGCCACAACAACAAAAGCCACAUCGGUUCCACUUCCAAUGCUGGUGACAUCUACGCCAAAGGCGAAUGUGGCCACCGACGGGUCAUCGCGAGCGCCAUGGCUUCGAGGACCAAGUGAUUCGAGUGGUUACGUCGAGCCGGUGUCGAGCCAACCACUCACGUGCAUGAGUCUGGCACCUGACAUGACCGAAGUAGUUGUGGGUAGCUGCGACCAUGCAUUGUACGCCAUUCCGUUGCAGCAGCGCAAAGCGUCGAAGGGCAAGAACGGCAGUGGGGUUCGCACGCUGUAUUCGAAAACCGCCGGCCAUGGCGAGUGGGUGACCGCUGUGGCGCAUAUGCCAGAUGGCCGUGUUGUGUCGGGCGGGAUGGAUAGCAAGCUCUGUCUAUGGGACAGCAACAAUCGGUGCGAAGACUUGACUGGGCACGCAGGAUCGAUAUCUCUCAUCCGACCUUUUACCGAGAAUUGGAUCGUCAGCGCCAGCUACGACAAAACGUAUCGGUUGUGGGAUGGCGCGCCAGGGAAGCGAGCAGCUAAAGCUGGCCGCGAACGUCAUUGCCUCAAGGGCCACGAUGCCCCCAUUCUCGACUUUUCCCUCUGGGGCAACCGGCUCAUUGGUGGCGACCGCAACGGCUCCGUCCUAGUGUUUGACCUUGCACAGCACGCGGUGGAGCGAAAGGCCAAGGGAGUCCACAUCGGGCACUGCACGGCGGUGCUUGGAAGCCAGCAUAACUCAGACCACGCAUUCAGCGGCGGGCAAGAUGGCUUGCUUCGUAUGUGGGAUGCGCGCUCCAAGGAUGCCGUGAUGAAGGUGUCCGUGCACGUCAGCCAACGAGGCACCGGGGCCGUCAGCUUCAUCAAGGACGUGUCGACCAUGGACCAUGUCAUCGUAACGGGCGGAGCCGACGGCAAGGUCCAAGUUGUGGAUGUCCGUGCUUCGAACGUGCGGUCGACGUUUUCUCAACACACGACGUUCAUCUACUCGGUGCACGUGGACCACGAAUUGUGCUUUAGCGGCAGUGGAAGCGGCAUGCUCCUUGUGCACGACUUGCGCACGGACGCAUUACAAUAUGGAUUGGGCGCGAACCAAGCAGCUGUCCGAGCGAUCGCCACGACAGCCACGACGCUCGCGGCAGCGGGCGACGACGGUGGUGUGUUGGUGUAUGAGAUGACAUGAAAAAAAGCCUGUGGGGAACGAGACAAGUUGAACCCGAUCGGUCCAGAGAGGAACAUGGAGCACAUUGCUUUGUGUUGCUGUGGCCAUGAGCACCAUGUUGCAUGCUUGUACACCUGAAAGCUUCCUGCCGAUGCCCACGACGAGUACUGCCAUUGAAAUGUAGAGAGCCAUUUCUCCAUAGG